AUGCAUUUGCCUCUGGUUUGUAAAUUCAAUUCCGCGAAGCUGGUCGUUUCGUACUCAAGCAAUAAUCAGUCUCGGCGGUCACUUGCCUCUUAUACGAGCACAUUACAACAUUGGGCGAUGAGGUCCGUCACACUACUAUCACAGCGGGAUACCAACCAAGUCGCAAACUUAUAUGAUACACCAGAUAGAGCUGAUAUGGAAAUGUCCUGGAAGGUUUUUAGUAAAAUCGCUAUUUUUCCUUUUAUUCCGCCUAUAGUACGCACUCUUAUUCAUUGCGUUGAGGAGCUUGUGUCUUACCGAGAAUCAGCUUUAUCCGGACAUUUUCUCUACAACACUACCGGAAAGGUAUGCAUAAUGAUGUGUCGCAUAUCUAGCAUGUAUUACCAUAGUCGCAAAGUUAUUCGAUUCCUGGCCGUUGGCUGCAUUUUGGAAACGGUAUCGUCGAUAAUAAUAAAGGUUUAUCUUGAUAAAUCAGCCCAAUACAGACCGGAUCCUGUGAAAGGAAUUCACGUCUGCACAAAACUUCCAAAUCAAUACUGGGUUUUUGCUUACGCCAUUCCUCCGAUUCUAUUUGAAUCGAUGCUUCUAGCAAUGGCGCUAUCAAAAGGAAUAGGCUACUAUCGCUCUCGGAGAAAUAUAUCAGGCUUAUCAUGGGGUCAACCGACUUUGACUCAAGUUUUGUUUCGCGAUAGCAUAACAUUCCCUUUUGUUACAUUGAUGGUCAUUGUUAGCUACAUGCUCACCUUGGCACAUUUACCGAUUGUUGAUAAUCAAGUCUCCUUCAUCUUUUUCUCUUUUUGGCCGUCUAUAGCUGGUCCCCGACUUAUUCUAAAUCUGAGGGAUGCUUAUUACAAGCCUUUUGAAGAAGAGUGCAGCGAUUUAUACAUUUAUGGCGAUCAUGAAACAAUUUCUGGCACAGCGGCGUAA